GAAAAUCAGUUUCCUCUAGCUAGAAACAAUGAAGGUGCUUUAUACUGUGUUUAUCGCUUUAGCGUUUUUCUUUGAUUCUAUUGUUUGCGCACCUAACUGGAGUCUUGUUAGUAUAAAGCAGGCAAAACAAGAAGACAUCAAUAAUUUCUUAACUUCAGCCAGUGUCCAGAAUAAAGCUACUCUUCCUAUGAAUCUUCUACUGUUGGAAAAUACAAUAUUUGGAUAUAUGGACAAAGACCGCAUAGCUCAGUCAUUAUAUACAUACGACGCUCAAACUACGUCAUAUGCAACUGUUGGAGGUACUAUAGGAGUCGAAUAUUUAGGAGAGGAAGUGCCAUCUUGGUUGAACUAAAAUUAUUCGAAGCUCGUGUUGCUGACUUUUUUAAUUCAAAGCAUGGACAACCUCAAUAAUGAAACGGAAAUGGCAGCCAAGCGGAAGCAUUGCAUGGAAAAAUUAAAAAAUUUAGAUUAUGUAAAUGUUUCAUUUCUUGUGUUUUUCAACUCUUUUUAAAUGAAUAAAAGCAUUAAAUCUCA